AUGUCGCUUACCCUGUCACUUGUAAUCAACCUGCAGAUUGACACCACUCUGGUGGCGCACCUGGUGCAGCAGACACGAUGGCGCCUGAAGAACCGAUAUUUGAACGAUUCCCCAUCUCAUAACUUCGGCAGCGGGGAAAAGAUGACCCUCAACGACUUCAUUCAGCGCCACCAGAAGAUGGACAAGCGGGAGGUGAAGGCUGAGGGCGUAGACAGUGAUGGCAACCCCGUGACCUUCGAGUACGAGCUGCACGAGAGGAAAAUCAAAGGGCACGAGACGACCGGUGACGUGGAGGCGUGCUAUGAGCUGUCGUUGAAGUUCGUGCGUGAAAUCGAUAAGGAGCUGGAGUGGCGCAUGAGGGACCUGGCGCAUCUGGAGGGGUCGAAGCUGUUUCGCUCAGCAUCAUACCACAAGAAGCAAGGCAAGAAUGAGGAGAGGGAACAGGAGGAAGAGGAAGAAGAAGAGGAGGAAGAGGAGGAGGAAGAAGCAGGAAGAGGAUCAAAAUCCGGAGCCAAGAAGAAAGGCAAGGACAAGAAGGAAGCUUCUGGGAAGAAAGGGGCCGGCGGGAAGAAAGGCCGGGGGGGGGGAGGAGGGGGAGGCGAGGAGGAGGGGGGAGGCGAGGAGGCGGUGCAGGGAGCGGUAGAUCUGGUGCAGGUGCAUGUGGAGGAGGCGAAGGAGGCUCUUAUCAAAGAGCUUGCCAAGAUAAGGACAGGCCGUGCCGCCCCUGGCCUGCUUGACCACGUGCACUUGGAGGCAUACGGCCGCCCCUCGCCAUUGUCACGCGUGGCCACAGUCACAGUCAAGGAUCCCCAGCUGCUCUCCGUCACUCUGCACGAUGCUUCUCUGCUAGGAGCGGCGAUGAAGGGCCUGCAGGAGUCACCCAUGGGACUGAACCCCUCGCACACUUCCCAUACAGUCAUCCUCGUGCCCAUUCCCAGACUGACCAAGGAAGUGAGAGAGGCCAUGUUCAAGCUCGCUCAAAAGGCAGCGGAGUCUGCAAGAGUGAGCUUGCGGCGGGCGAGGAAGGAGGGAAUGGACGCUAUAAAGAAAGCAGCAGAUGUGAUUCCCGAGGACGAGCGCAAGCGGGCGGAAAAGAAGGUAGAAGAUGCUGUAGCAGCAGCAAAGAAGCAGCUUGAUGCAAUCUGUGAGGCGAAGGAGAAAGAGCUCAAAGGGUAG